AUGACCAACGAGCCCGCUGAACCUAUUCCUGAUGGUAUCAUUGCAACUGCAAAGCAGGCAUGGGGUGAUCUGUUCAAGUGGAAGCAGCGCGUCGUUGUGACCAACGAGUUUGGUGAGACCCAUGCCGAAUGGCAAUCUCCCGAGCCCCUUCAGAACCCCGUCAGUCUGCUUCUACAGCUCAGUGCAAAGGACUGGCUUUUCUUCUCGGUCGGAUUUUGUGCCUGGACGGCAGAUGCCUUUGAUUUCCAUGCCCUCUCCAUUCAGACCAAGAAGCUAGCCGAUUACUAUGACCGGUCGAAGACCGAUAUCACGACAGCCAUCACCCUAACAUUACUCCUGCGCAGCGUGGGAGCAGCUGCUUUUGGUCUCGCAGGAGACAAGUUUGGCCGUAAAUGGCCCAUGGUUAUCAACAUGAUCGUGCUGGGAGUGUUGCAGAUUGCCACCAUCUACAGUGGGACGUUUCAACAGUUCCUGGCAGUGCGAAGCUUGUUCGGUCUUUUCAUGGGUGGUGUAUACGGCAAUGCUAUUGCUAUGGCAUUGGAACAUUGCCCUGUCAAUGCUCGCGGUUUGAUGUCAGGUAUUCUCCAACAAGGAUAUUCGCUAGGCUAUGUUCUUGCAGCAUGUGCCAAUCUCGGGGUGGGCGGUGCUACAGAAAGUUGGAAGACCAUUUUCUGGAUUGCAGCUGGAAUUUCGAUUGGAGUUGGUCUCGUUCGAGUACUCUUCCCCGAAUCCAAGCAGUUCCUCGAGGCCAAGAAAGCCGGCAAGAAAUCUACCGACUUGGGAUCGUUCAUGGGAGAGACAAAGAGGAUGCUGGGACAAGAAUGGAAGAUGUGCAUAUACUGUGUUAUCCUGAUGACUUGGUUCAACUACUAUUCCCACACCUCGCAAGACUCGUACACUACAUUCAUGUUGACACAAAAAGAGAUGAACAAUUCCCAAGCCUCGCGUGCGUCUAUUCUAAUGAAGACUGGUGCUUGCGUUGGCGGUACCAUCAUUGGAUAUCUGUCACAGUUUUUCGGCCGUCGUCGGGCAAUCAUCUGCGCUGCACUAGUAUCCGGCUGCCUCAUUCCGGCCUGGAUCCUGCCACAGGGUGAACGGUCGCUGAGUGCGACGGGUUUCUUCAUCCAGUUUUUCAUCCAAGGAGCAUGGGGUGUGAUUCCGAUCCAUCUGAAUGAGCUUUCGCCCCCAGCUUUCCGAUCAUCGUUCCCAGGUAUGACAUACCAACUAGGAAAUAUGAUCUCCUCCCCAUCUGCACAGAUCGUGAAUGCUGUCGCCGAAGCGACCAUGAUCACCAAUCCCUCGGGACACCGUGUCCCAGCCUACGGACCCACCAUGGGCGUAGCGACAGCCAUUAUCGCACUUGGCAUUGCAGUCACCACGGCUUUUGGACCAGAGAAGCGUGGACGGAAAUUCGAGACGGCGGUGGCGGGCGUUGAGCAGCGUACACAGAAGGAAAUUGAUCUCGAGGAGGGAUUUGAUGAUCAGAAGGCGAGCGACGAGAGAAUUGAGAAGGCGGAGAAGAUUUGA